CUUCUCGCCUUUGCCAUGGCGACACCGAGUGGCCUGAUCCGGGCCCUACACCGCGGGACCCUCGGCCAGAAUAUGGUCGUGGAUCGGAUUUUCUCUGGUAUCCAGCCAACUGGGACCCCUCAUCUGGGUAACUACCUUGGAGCCAUUCAGAACUGGGUGAAUCUGCAGGAAAAGUGCAGCUCAGUGCUCUAUAGCAUUAUGGACAUGCACUCGCUCACCAUGCCCAAGGAGCCAGCUGUCCUGCGCCAAAACAUCCUGGACACCACUGCUGCCAUCCUUGCCUGUGGGAUUGACCCAAAGAAGUGUUUCCUGUUCCGGCAGUCACUGGUUCCUGAGCAUGCAGAACUUGCCUGGAUUCUUGGGUGCUUAACUAAUGUGCCACGUCUGCUACGUUUGCCCCAGUGGAAGAUGAAGCGUGCCAGCCAGAAUAGUGAAGGAACUGUUGGUUUGUUGACUUACCCUGUGCUUCAAGCAGCAGAUAUUUUGCUGUACAAGUCAACACGUGUUCCUGUUGGAGAAGAUCAAGUCCUGCACCUGGAACUAGCCCAAGAUAUAGCACAACAUUUCAACAAGAAAUAUGGAGAAUUCUUUCCUGUGCCCAAAGCCAUUUUAAGUACAACAAAGAAAAUAAAAUCCCUCAGAGAUCCAUCAGUGAAGAUGUCCAAGUCAGACCCACAGAAGUUAGCUACUGUUAAUAUAGCAGAUAGCCCUGAUGAAAUAGUGCUGAAAUUUCGCAAAGCUGUGACUGACUUUACCUCGGAGGUGACCUACGACCCCGCCGCUCGCCCUGGUGUCUCCAAUCUGGUGUCCAUUCAUGCUGCAGUAACAGGGCUUAGCAUCAAAGAAGUCCUGCACCAAGCCACUGGUCUCGACACUGCUCACUACAAAAUGGUGGUAGCAGAGUCAGUUAUCCAAAAAUUUGCACCUAUCAGGAAUGAAAUCAAGAAACUCCAGGAAGAUAAGUUCCAUCUGAUAAAGGUUUUAGAGGAUGGAGCAGAAAAAGCCAAAGAACUGGCUGCCCCUAUCUAUCAAGAAAUAAGGAGACUGGUUGGAUUUCAAUAGAAGCUGCUGAGUAGCUUCAAGGACUUUUGUAUCAUGAGUCAGAGAUUUUGUUAUUUGUAACAAAAUCAUGUAUUAAUUUUUAAUCAUUUUGGUUUGAAACAAAAACUUUUCUUCCUGGAAGAUCCAAUAAAAAAAUGUACAUGAAGCCAGGUAUUUCCAGUGGGACCAGUAUUAAACAUGUCUGGAUAGUCAAAGAGGGAGGAUAGAAGCAAUCACAAUUCACUAAGAAAUUGUGCAAAAGUAGACUAUAAGGUCACCUGUGUGAGUUUUUUGGAUUUUUCCAUUGACCACUGCAAGAAGCUGAAGUGUAGACAAGGUGUUCAGAAUCUAGCAGAAGCAUUUGUAAUCCUCUC